CCAGCUGCUUGAACAUCGCUUCUGCCUCCCAGUGUCUGCUUUAGUGGGGGGCUGGAGUUGAAGCUGGAGCCCAGUGUCACAGCCAGGCACUCUGAGACAAGAUGUGAAUGCUUUAAGCUAAAUGCCUGCCUGGUUAAUUAUCUUUGUGAAAGUUAAAAGUGUGUCUGUCUGUGUGUUUCCUAAUUUCUCACAGUUUGAUUUGAUCUCUUUCCCUUUUAAAAUGUCAUAGUUAUUUAUGUCGCCGAUUUAUUCCUCCUCCAUGCCUUGAGUGCAAACAAUCUUUUUCUCACUCCUGAAGCUUGUCCAGAGCUUAGCAUGGUUCUUCGUAGUAAUGACAAACCUUUCAAAGCAUGUGCCAAACACUGUGCUGAGUGCUUUACAUGAAUUAUAUUGUUGGCCUUCGCAGAAGCUCUGUGUUGUGCAGAACUGCUUUGAUCCUCAUUGGCAUAUCAUUACCAGUGAUACAGACUGCAUGCCAUCCCUGAGGCUCCUUGUGCACCUACCAUUCUCCAGCUGAAUCUGCCUAGAAGCAAGAGCAGUAGACUCAUUAUUCCAUUAUGGAUGGAGGAGAUGAUGGUAACCUUGUUAUCAAAAAGAGGUUUGUGUCAGAGGCAGAACUAGAUGAACGGCGCAAAAGGAGGCAAGAAGAAUGGGAGAAAGUUCGAAAACCUGAAGAUCCAGAAGAAUGUCCAGAGGAAGCUUAUGACCCCCGGUCUCUCUAUGAAAGACUACAGGAGCAGAAAGACAGGAAGCAGCAGGAAUAUGAGGAGCAGUUCAAAUUCAAAAACAUGGUAAGAGGCUUAGAUGAAGAUGAGACCAACUUCCUUGAUGAGGUUUCUCGGCAGCAAGAACUAUUAGAAAAGCAGCGAAGAGAGGAAGAGCUGAAAGAACUGAAAGAAUACAGAAGUAACCUCAAUAAGGUUGGAAUUUCUUCAGAAAACAAGAAAGAAGUGGAGAAGAAGCUGACUGUGAAACCCAUAGAAACCAAGAACAAGUUCUCCCAAGCAAAGCUGUUGGCAGGAGCUGUGAAGCCUAAGAGCUCAGAGAGUGGCAACAGUGUGAAAAGACUGAAACCAGAUCCUGACCCAGAUGACAAGAAUCAAGAGGCUGCAUCCUGUGUGUCUGUCGGAAGCACUUCCCUGAGUGGUCCCUCCAUCCACUGCCCCUCUGCUGCAGUCUGUAUCGGCAUCCUCCCAGGCCUGGGUGCCUACUCGGGGAGCAGCGACUCUGAGUCCAGCUCAGACAGCGAAGGCACUAUCAACGCCACAGGGAAGAUCGUCUCCUCCAUCUUCCGAACCAACACCUUUCUGGAGGCUCCCUAGCUCCCCUGUCCUCAGCACAGGGAGCUCCUCUCCUCCAAGUAGUUGGACUGUUCAUCCUGCCUGUGGGCGUUACCUCCCCUCAGAAACUCAGCGUCUGCCUCCUGUACACACCAUGUUUUUAACCUGACCCAAAAAUGUGCCAGAACCCAUUUGUGGCCCGAAUUGCAUUUAGUUUCUUUCUACUCCAGUGCAGAUGACCAGACCUGUCCUGCUGCCCCUUCCUUCUCUGAUGGGAUCAGCUGGGGGCAAGGCGCAGCAGAAAUUCCUGGGAGGAUCGGCACCAGCUGGCUUGCAAAGGGCUUGGGUUAUAUUGCUUUCUUGUUUUCCUUCUACAAUAGUGCUGGAAAACAAGGGCAGUAACUGGACAGGUCGUAUCUACCUGUCCUAGUGUAGAUGAACAAACACAUUGCUUGGUUCUGCUGCUCUGUGGGGUAUGUGGGGGAGGAGAAGUGACCCAGGUGAGACAUGGAGCACAUCCUGGAGCUCACCAGUUUUUGAUGUUGUGUGACUAAGAUGACAGAGUACGCUUGAGGGGGUGUCCGUAGCACUCAUUGCUGUCCUGUCAUCUUUCUUACUCGGCCUUUCUCCGUCCUCUCUGCAUCUGGUUCCCUGUAUGUGGGAAGGGGCUGCAAAGAAAGCUGCCACCUUCUAGUCAGACCUUUCUCUGCCUGGUUGCUUUGUUUUUGUUUUUGAAAUAAAGGACUUCAGUUUAAGAUUCUGAA